UGUACUGUCUUUUUGCAGCUUUCUUUUGUGUCAUCCGUCUGUCCCACUAGGAAAUGAUGAAAUCGAUCUUCUUCGGAAUCGUUGCCCUGAUGUUUGCGGCUGUUGUCAUGCAACAGGAGCAAGCAUCGGCACAAGUUACCGACACGGAUCUUCCCUCAAGCACCGACGAAUGGAACUACAUGAACCGAAGCUGCUCCGCUAAGCUGCAGGAUCAAAUCAACAAAGAGUUCGAUGCGGCACUCUUCUACAUGCAGUACGCCGCCUACUUCGCCCAGUACAAGGUGAAUCUGCCCGGAUUUGAAAAGUUCUUCUUCCACGCUGCCUCGGAGGAGCGCGAGCAUGGCAUGAAGCUGAUCGAGUAUGCGCUGAUGCGCGGACAGAAGCCCAUUGAUCGUAACACCUUCUCGCUGCACUUUGGCAAUCAGGUGCAACCGGAACCGGAGCAGGGUUCGGUAGCACUGACCGCACUGAAGGCUGCCCUCGCCAAGGAACAGGAGGUGACGAAGAGCAUCCGCGAGCUGAUUAAGGUGUGCGAAGAGGAUCACAACGAUUACCAUCUAGUUGACUACCUGACGGGUGAAUUCCUGGAAGAACAGCACCAGGGACAACGCGAUCUGGCCGGCAAGAUUACCAUGCUCAGCAAACUGUUGCGAACGAACCCGAAGUUGGGCGAAUUUAUGUUCGACAAGCAGAAUAUGUAA